AUGGCGGAAUAUUCAUUGGUUUAUGGUGAAAAAGAUAAGGAGAAUAGCAGACGAGCUGUUGCUUUAGAAGCUGGAUACCGCUUUGAUGGAAUAUGCCGUCGGCCACUCAACGAUAUACUGGCUUAUGAAUUCAAGAGACCCAAGAAAGGCUUCGCUAUUUUAUUUGCGGAUUUUCUAACCCAAGAAUUGAUUGAUAAGGUCAAUGAUGCUAAUUUUCCGAAUCCUAAUUGGCGAAUUGGCUGGAAUUGA